AUGACAGGAGGAAGAGGGCGCCCCUUGUGGACUCCUUGUGGAACGUUCCAAGGAGUCACUUUUCUGAAGGAGGAAACAGGAAGUGUUCUGUGCGGAGAACAUGACGUCGACAUGAGCCUGGACUCCUGCCGCUGUGGUUCCUGCGUGGGGUGUCUGCGUGGCUCGGUGGCGGAGGGGCCCUCCGUGUGCACGGAGAGUCUGUUCGUCGCCACCGGUGGGGUCUGCUCCGAUGCCGUGGCCGAGCUGGGUGCUGGGGAUCGGCGGUGCGCGAUUCCUGCAGGUCCGGAUGGUUUUCGGGGUUUUCUGGGGAGCGGCGUUGCUGGCGUGUCUGCUCCCGUGGACUCGGACGGCAUGGCGGUGGAUUUGCUCUUCUCUUCCCAGCUCGACGAGGGUGCUGUGGUGAGCACUGACACACGCAACGCUAACGCCAUCAAACGCGUGGUGAAUAAAGCGAUACGGCUGAACAGGAAGUGGAAAAUAGUGCACACUGUAAACAAUGCACGGAUAAUCUGGGAUCCGAAGGCCAAACCAAAAGGCUGUGAUUUGGGCGAGGCCUCCGUCUCCAUGGAAACAGGCCCCUCCCCCUCGUGUGCCUGGGAAAGUUUUGCGUGGGGCGUGGAGGCUGAGCAGGGCCGGCUCCGAGAGAUGAGAGGAGGGGGGGCUCCCAGGGGCCCCACCCUCACUCAGCCAAUCCGCUCUCAGCCCAAAGAGCACCUGGAGGAUCUUCGCCCACAGAACUCCCGGGACAUGGAGGAAGAGGCGACCAGCGUGGGGAGAAGCAGCACACCCGCCGCGAGCUCCCACGGACCCGCAGACGCCGCUCAGACCGCAGCAGGAAGCACGGAUGACCUGCUCGUGCCCAGCUUCAGCCCGAGCUCCGAACCGUCCUCACCCACGCCCGCGGGCACGAGCACGCUCACCCGCCUCAGCAUGUCUCUGAGAGGGGGGACAGGUCAGGGCCCCCCGGCGAGCCCCACGGAGAGAGGCCAGGUCAGUGCCAUCACCGUCAUGGCGCUCCUGGAUAAGCUGGUCCUCAUGUUGGGAACCGUGCAGGAGAACCAGCAGCGGAUGGAGGCGCGGCAGGAGGAGCUGGAGGGCGCCGUGCGAACGGUGCAGAGCGACGUGGUGCGUCUGUCCAGGGCUCACCUCAGCACCUCCUCCAACGUCAACAAACUCCUGGAGAGAUCUCGCAAAGUCAGCGGAGGAGUCAAGGAGGUCAAGGAGCGGCUGGAGAAACAGGGAGGACAAGUGAAGAGGCUGGAGAACAACCACGCCCACCUGCUGAAGAGGAACCACUUUAAAGUGCUCAUCUUCCAGGAGGACAACGAGAUCCCCACAGACGUGUACGUGCAGGAGUCUCUGAAGAGUCCCUCGUACGACACAGAGUCCGUGCGCCCUGGAUCCGUGGCCCCCUCCAUGGCCCCCUCCAUGGCCCCCUCUGUGGCCGCCUCUGUGUCCAUAGCGCCCUCUGUGGCUGGGUCAGAGCGUGCGCGCUCUCCCGAGGGCGGCCUCCACAGCAUCAGCCUCAGCUCUGACGACGAGGACGGUCUCCCGCUGCACCGCGAGCUGCCACAGGAGGGCGACGCUGACUCCACCCUGGGGCUGCAGUAUGGUCCUCAGUACGAGCGUCGAUCCGACCGCUUCAAGAGGAACAGCCUGAAGAAGGUGGACAGUCUGAAGAAGGCCUUCUCCAAACAGAACAUCGAGAAGAGAGUCACUCAGAUCACCACCAAGAUCGUUCCUCCAGAGAAACGAGAGAAACUCAUCAAGAGCCUGACGCCCAACCACCCCAAGAGCCCCACGGCCCGGGCCUCCUCCUUCAGGGUCACCCCCAUGACCUUCAACGUCAAGAAGGUGCGAGACGGUCAGACGCCCACUCCUGAGGCCAGUCCCACUGCGGGGGGAGGGGCCCACGUGGAGAUCCCAGCCAUGGUCCUGGACCCGCCUGGGAUCUCACACACCGGGACCGUGGGCCAAGUCCGCGAGGCCCUCACCGAGUGCAGCGUCCAGGCCGAGUACUCUGUGAACGGAGAUGUGAACGGGGAGGAGCACUCUGUGGGGGAGGAGGUCUCUCUGGGGGGGGAGGUCUCUGUGGGGGAGGUCUCUGUGGGCGAUGGCCAGUCCACCCAGUCCCCCGGAGCACCACCUGGGGAGCAGCCCACUGUUCAGGCCGGCGCGGUGGAGCUGUCGGUGGGUUUGGCCGAGCCCGAGUCGGUCGACGACGUGGGCGAAGAAGACGAUGAUGAUGAAGAGGGCACUCCAGAACAGGACACACCAGCAGAGGGCGCUCCAGAGGUCACCGUCACCGCCGCCGCUGCCGUGGCCGUGGAACAGGCCUCCUAA